AUGGGGGACGUGCUGUCCACGCACCUGGACGACGCGCGGCGCCAGCACAUCGCAGAGAAAACGGGCAAGAUCCUGACGGAGUUCCUCCGCUAUUAUGAGGACCAGUACGGGGUCGCCCUCUUCAACAGCAUGCGCCACGAGAUCGAGGCCCCCGGGGGCCCGCAGGCCCAGCUGCUCUCUCGGAAGGUGCCGCUGGACGAGCGCAUCGUCUUCUCGGGGAACCUCUUCCAGUGCCAGGAGGACAGCAAGAAGUGGAGGAACCGCUUCAGCCUCGUGCCCCACAACUACGGGCUGGUCCUCUACGAGAACAAAGCGGCCUAUGAGCGGCAGGUGCCACCCCGAGCCGUCAUCAACAGUGCGGGCUACAAGAUCCUCACCUCCGUGGACCAGUACCUGGAGCUGGUUGGCAAUUCCUUACCAGGGGUCACACCCAAGUCGGGCGCUGCCCCCAUCCUGAAGUGCCCCACGCAGUUCCCGCUCAUCCUCUGGCACCCCUCCGCACGGCACUACUACUUCUGCAUGAUGACGGAGGCGGAGCAGGAGAAGUGGCAGGCGGUGCUGCAGGACUGCAUCCGGCACUGCAACAACGGGAUCCCUGAAGACUCCAAGGUGGAGGGCCCGGCGUUCACGGACGCCAUCCGCAUGUACCGCCAGUCGAAGGAGCUGUACGGCACCUGGGAGAUGCUGUGUGGGAACGAGGUGCAGAUCCUGAGCAACCUGGUGAUGGAGGAGCUGGGCCCUGAGCUGAAGGCGGAGCUCGCCCCCCGGCUGAAGGGGAAGCCGCAGGAGCGGCAGCGGCAGUGGAUCCAGAUCUCGGACGCCGUGUACCGCAUGGUGUACGAGCAGGCCAAAGCGCACUUCGAGGCUGUGCUGUCCAAGCUGCUGCUGGCCCGGCCGGCCAUGGAGGCCAUCAUCCGCACCGACAUGGACCAGAUCAUCACCUCCAAGGAGCACCUGGCCAGCAAGAUCCGAGCCUUCAUCCUCCCCAAGGCGGAGAUCUGCGUGCGGAACCACGUGCAGCCCUACAUCUCCUCCAUCCUGGAGGCCCUCAUGGUGCCCACCAGCCAGGGCUUCACCGAGGUGCGGGACGUUUUCUUCAAGGAGGUCACCGACAUGAACCUGAACGUCAUCAACGAGGGCGGGGUCGACAAGCUGGGCGAGUACAUGGAGAAGCUGUCCCAGCUGGCGUACCACCCGCUCAAGAUGCAGAGCUGCUACGAGAAGAUGGAGCCUCUGCGGCUGGACGGGCUGCAGCAGCGCUUCGACGUGUCCAGCACAUCCGUGUUCAAGCAGCGAGCCCAGAUCCACAUGCGUGAGCAAAUGGACAACGCCGUGUACACCUUCGAGACCCUCCUGCACCAGGAGCUGGGGAAGGGGCCCACCAAGGAGGAGCUGUGCAAGUCCAUCCAGCGGAUCCUGGAGCGGGUGCUGAAGAAAUACGACUACGACAGCAGCUCCGUGCGGAAGCGCUUCUUCCGGGAGGCGCUGCUGCAGAUCACCAUCCCCUUCCUGCUCAAGAAGCUGGCCCCCACCUGCAAGUCGGAGCUGCCCCGGUUCCAGGAGCUGAUCUUCGAGGACUUUGCCAGGUUUAUCCUGGUGGAGAACACGUACGAGGAGGUGGUGCUGCAGACGGUCAUGAAGGACAUCCUGCAGGCCGUGAAGGAGGCCGCGGUGCAGCGGAAGCACAACCUGUACCGGGACAGCGUGGUCCUGCACAACAGCGACCCCAACCUGCACCUGCUGGCCGAGGGCUCGCCCAUCAACUGGGGCGAGGAGUACGGCGGCGGCGGCGGCGGCGGCGGCGGCGGGGGCGGCGGCAGCCCCGGCCCCCGGGCCCCGGAGGCGGCCACCCUCUCGGAGAAGCGGCGGCGCGCCAAGCAGGUGGUGUCCGUGGUCCAGGACGAGGAGGCGGGGCUGCCCUUCGAGGUUGGCCGCGAGCCACCAUCCCCGGCGUCCCCGGACAGUGUCACCGAGGUCCGGGACCUGCUGGCCCAGGAUCGUGGGGCCGAGAGCCCCCCGCCGGCCUGCCCCCUGCUCAACGGGGCCCCCUUGCCCGCGACCCCUGCGCCCUCAUCACCUCCGCCCGCCUCGCCGCCCGCAGCCUCCUCGCCGCCUGCAGCCUCGCCGCGGGCCUCGCCCCUCCAGCAGCUCCCGCCUGGCAAGGCCGUGGACCUUGAGCCUCCAAAGCCCAACGACCAGGAGACCGGGGAGCAGGAGUCUGGCCCCGGGGGCCGGCCCCCCAUCCACACCACCACCGAGGACAGCGCCGGGGUGCAGACUGAGUUCUAG